GUUGAUUUAUCUGGAAUCUGACUGGAGAUUAAGGCUCAUGGUGCAAAUCCAAGUGGGAGACGUCAUGAACACGUGGGCGUGUGUGUCAAUCAUAUAACGUAAUCACGUCACCCCUACGUGCACCGCCCCACGCUUGUCAAGCGUAUUCGCCAAGAUGGUUGUCGGUGCCUUCCCUAUCGCCAAGCUCCUCUACCUCGGAGUGAGGCAGAUGGGCAAGCCUGUAGCGAACCGAAUAAAAGCGGGAGCCCGGAGAAGCGAGUUCUUUAAGACGUACAUCUGCCUGCCGCCCGCACAGAUUUACCACUGGGUUGAGAUGAGAACGAAGAUGCGGAUCAUGGGCUUUCGGGGCUCCACCAUCAAGCCACUGAAUGAGGAUGCGGCUGCAGAGCUGGGUGCGGAGUUGCUGGGAGAGGCGAUCAUCUUCAUCAUUGGUGGUGGAUGUAUGGUGCUGGAGUACAGCAGGCAGGCCGCUAACGCUCGCCGCAAAGAAGAGGAGCAGAACGAGACCAUCGUAAGCCUACAGACUCAACUAGGAGAACUAGCACUUACCACAGAGACUCUAGAUGCUCAGCUGAGAGAGAUGAAUAGGCUACUGCUGUCCUAUCCUGUUCCCACCAAAAAGUGAUGAAAUAAGCCCCGUGUGUUGGUCUGAGUGUGAAAGAACAAGAGUGCACACCCAUAGUACUGCCAUGUGUGCAGCUUGAUGAUGAUGACCCCGCUCCACACAGCCCAUUGGCUGGAACAGGUGCUUGUAUAACAAAUCAGUGCGCUGGGGAUUUGGGUGCUGUCAUUAGCUCAUGUUUUGAGCAACCAGUUGUUAAGGGGGAGUGCUAUGAUAUUCAUAGUGUAUUUCUAAGGUUGAUCUUGCAUGUUCAUAAUACAUUUCACUGUAUAUAAGGAUUUACAAUAAAAUGCAAUGGCAAAUUGAAGUUAAUAUAUUUUAUAACUGCUUGGUGUGCUUGAUUGAGGGCCAAACAUGGACAACCAUAACAAUAAACAUUAGGUCACAUUAUUCUUAUGCGUCUGCCCCUACAGUUUCAUGGACAUGUUAUGUCAUAAUUACACUGUAGAUCUCCUUUAUGGUUCAUGUACAUUGAAUGUGAUGACAACUGUAAUAAGGAUGGUGUAAAAUAAAAUUGUAAGCUGA